CUGUGUUUUGUUGUGGGCUUGAGAUUUUCUCCGUUCCCGUUUCGUUUCUGCGACCGCUUCUUUUCCUUUUCUCUGGGUUUCAACUUUCAACGACGCAGAAGAGAGAGAGAGAGAGAGAGAGAGAGAGAAAGAGAAGAAGAAGAAGAAGAGAGAGAAGAGAAAAACCUAGAGACUGAGGUUGAAGAAUUUGCGUGUUCUGGAGUUUCUUCUGGUCUUCGAAUUGAAGAAUCAGGGAUCUGAGGUGUUUGGAUUCCUCAAAAUGUUGAUUCGGAAUACGAAUUUACAGGAAUUCUAGCUCGAUCUUCACGGAAUUCCUCGAAUCUUAGGGUUGAACCAAUGGAUGUUGAUUCCUCGAUGGUGCCGGACGCCGAUCACGAUCCAGCUACAGAGAAUCACGCCGCGGCUGAGGAAGACGGAGAGAAGCUUCCAGAGCCUCCGUCAUCCGAGGGUGGAUCUCCGGCGCAGCCACAGAGCUCGGUGGUUGGGCCGAGGCUGGCGCCAACUUAUACUGUGGUGAAUGCGGUUAUGGAUAAGAAGGAGGACGGGCCGGGGUCGAGGUGCGGCCACACGUUGACGGCUGUGGCGGCGGUCGGAGAGGAGGGGACGCCGGGGUAUAUUGGUCCGAGGCUGAUUUUGUUCGGUGGUGCCACUGCGCUUGAAGGCAAUUCUGCGGCUUCAGGGACUCCUUCUUCUGCUGGAAAUGCUGGCAUACGUUUGGCUGGUGCCACGGCUGAUGUCCACUGUUAUGAUGUCUUGACUAAUAAAUGGUCUAGGUUAACUCCCUAUGGAGAACCUCCAACACCAAGGGCUGCACAUGUGGCAACUGCUGUUGGUACCAUGGUUGUUAUUCAGGGUGGCAUUGGUCCUGCUGGUUUGUCAGCAGAGGACCUUCAUGUUCUUGAUCUCACGCAACAAUGGCCCCGCUGGCAUAGAGUAUCUGUUCAGGGCCCUGGACCAGGGCCACGCUAUGGACAUGUAAUGGCUUUGGUGGGGCAGAGGUAUCUUAUGGCAAUUGGAGGCAAUGAUGGAAAAAGACCUUUGGCUGAUGUGUGGGCCUUGGACACAGCUGCCAAGCCUUAUGAGUGGCGCAAGUUAGAGCCUGAAGGAGAGGGACCACCUCCAUGCAUGUAUGCAACUGCAAGUGCACGCUCGGAUGGGCUUCUUCUGCUUUGUGGAGGGAGGGAUGCCAAUAGUGUUCCAUUGGCUAGUGCAUAUGGACUUGCUAAGCAUAGAGAUGGUCGUUGGGAAUGGGCUAUUGCUCCAGGUGUCUCACCAUCUCCAAGAUAUCAACAUGCAGCGGUAUUUGUGAAUGCAAGACUCCAUGUGUCUGGUGGGGCUCUUGGUGGAGGACGGAUGGUCGAGGACUCAUCAAGUGUUGCAGUAUUGGACACUGCUGCUGGUGUUUGGUGUGAUGCAAAAUCUGUUGUAACCAGUCCAAGGACUGGUAGAUACAGCGCUGAUGCAGCUGGAGGAGACGCUGCAGUUGAGUUGACUCGGCGUUGUAGGCAUGCUGCGGCUGCUGUUGGUGAUCUAAUUUUUAUUUAUGGUGGUUUACGUGGGGGAAUCUUGCUUGAUGACCUACUUGUUGCUGAAGAUCUUGCUGCUGCUGAAACAACAUCUGCUGCUUCACAUGCUGCUGCUGCAGCAGCUGCAUCUAAUGUACAAGCAGGACACUUGCCUGGACGAAAUGGCUUUGUUGAUGAUAGAACGAGACAAGCGAUGCCUGAAGCGGCUGCUGAUGGUUCUGUUGUAUUAGGCAAUCCAGUUGCUCCCCCAAUGAAUGGUGACAUUUAUACGGAUAUCAGCACUGAAAAUGCCAUGCUUCAGGGACCUCGGCAAACUGCCAAAGGAGUUGAGUAUCUGGUUGAAGCAUCUGCAGCAGAAGCUGAAGCUAUCAGUGCCGCACUGGCUGCUGCAAAGGCACGACAAGAGAAUGGACUCAAUGGAGAAGUUGAAUUGCCUGACAGAGACCGUGGGGCGGAGGCUACCCCAAGUGGGAAACACACAUCUUCCUUGAUUAAGCCUGAUUCUGUUGGGUCAAAUAACAUUGCUUCUGGUGGAGUUCGGCUGCAUCACAGAGCUGUAGUUGUUGCUGCCGAGACUGGUGGAGCCUUAGGUGGUAUGGUUAGACAACUUUCAAUUGAUCAAUUUGAAAAUGAAGGCAGGCGUGUCAGUUAUGGGACUCCGGAAAAUGCAACUGCUGCUAGAAAAUUGUUAGAUCGGCAGAUGUCAAUCAAUAGUGUGCCCAAAAAGGUCAUAGCACACCUCUUAAAGCCUCGUGGAUGGAAACCACCAGUACGCCGACAGUUUUUCUUAGAUUGUAAUGAAAUUGCUGAUCUCUGUGAUAGUGCUGAGCGGAUAUUUUCAACAGAACCAAGUGUCUUACAACUUAGUGCUCCGAUUAAAAUAUUUGGUGAUUUACAUGGGCAGUUUGGGGAUCUCAUGCGCCUUUUUGACGAGUAUGGUGCACCGUCCACUGCCGGUGAUAUUGCAUAUAUCGAUUAUCUAUUCCUAGGAGAUUAUGUUGAUAGGGGACAGCACAGCCUGGAAACUAUAUCCCUUCUUCUUUCUCUGAAGGUUGAGUAUCCCAACAAUGUACAUUUAAUACGUGGAAAUCAUGAAGCUGCAGAUAUUAAUGCUCUUUUUGGUUUUCGAAUUGAGUGCAUUGAGAGGAUGGGUGAGAGAGAUGGAAUUUGGACAUGGCAUCGAAUGAACCGGUUAUUUAAUUGGCUUCCUCUGGCGGCUUUAAUUGAAAAAAAAAUUAUUUGCAUGCAUGGUGGGAUCGGUCGUUCAAUAAGUCAUGUGGAGCAGAUUGAGAAUAUUCAGCGUCCAAUUCCGAUGGAAGCAGGGUCAAUUGUGCUCAUGGAUCUAUUAUGGUCUGAUCCUACAGAGAAUGACAGUGUGGAAGGACUGCGGCCAAAUGCUAGAGGUCCUGGAUUAGUUACUUUUGGUCCUGAUCGGGUUGUGGAAUUUUGCAACAACAAUGAUCUUCAGCUAAUUGUUCGUGCACAUGAAUGUGUGAUGGAUGGAUUUGAGCGUUUUGCCCAGGGACAUCUUAUCACGCUUUUCUCAGCUACAAAUUAUUGUGGUACCGCAAAUAAUGCUGGGGCAAUAUUAGUUUUGGGCAGAGACCUUGUUGUGGUUCCUAAGCUGAUUCAUCCAUUACCACCUGCAAUUUCUUCACCAGAAACGUCACCUGAACGUCAUAUUGAAGAUACAUGGAUGCAGGAGUUGAAUGCUAACAGACCGGCGACACCAACUAGAGGCCGUCCCCAAGUAACAAAUGACCGAGGCUCGCUCGCUUGGAUGUAGUGAUCAUUAAGAUUGUCCCAUAUAUAUGCCCUACUGGCUUGUGCUAUCGCCUAGUUUUAGUGUUUUGUAUAUAGCACGAUGCGAUUUACGCGGGGGGAGCCUCCAAACCUGUGAUCUUAAUCCCUACAGAAAGCUUGGCUUUCUUAGUUUUGGUUCUGACCCCUCAAUUGGCGGGCCUUUAUAAGUUACAAGUUCAACAUACAAGAUUGGCAGCCACUGCUACUUGACCUUGCAAAGCUAGAAGUUGCUGUCUGGGUUCCACCCACCCUUUGUAAAUUGAGCAUAGGUUAUGAAGUCAAGGUUAUGGUUCUUUGUCAUGGAUUGUCUGUGAUGGCUAUUUUUGUCAUUAAAUUUUUCAUUUUUUUUACAUCUUGCCCCCUAGGUUGUUAUUGGGCUUUUGUUAAUCUAGAGGACAAGAGGGUUUUUUGCUUUUUUUUUAAUGUGAUGGUGAGAUAUAUAAAUCAGAAAUCUUAGCGGUCCUUGUAUCAUAGGUGUGCUCUGUGUAAUUUUCAUCUUUGUACAAUUAAUUUUUGUGUGAUUUAAUCUGAUGAAGAGUUCGUGAA